AUGGUCAAGCUCGCGGCCUGUCUGUUGCUGCUUGCAGCUGCAGUACAAGCAAAACUCCCAGUCACUCCAAUCAGCCAGCUCCGUGCCCAGGCCCUUCGUAACAACGAACUUGCUGCACGUAGCGAUGAUCUGAAUGCUCAGUAUCCAGCUUAUCAAAUUCAGAUUCCCAUCGACCAUUUCCCAAAGAGCAGCAGAUAUGAACCUCACUCCACGGAUAAGUUCAACCUGCGAUACUGGUUCGAUGCUAGCCAUUACAAGCAAGGUGGCCCCGUGAUCAUUUUGCAUGGUGGAGAGACCGACGGCGCAGGCCGUCUUCCAUUCCUCCAAAAGGGUAUGCUUGCUCAGCUUGCACAGGCUACCAAUGGUAUUGGUGUUGUUAUGGAGCACCGAUACUAUGGAGCAUCGCUUCCAACCAAGGAUUUCUCUAACAAGAGCUUGCGAUUCCUGACGACCGAACAGGCGCUUGCUGAUACCGCUUACUUCUCGAAGAACAUCAAGUUCCCUGGUCUUGAGAAGUACAACCUGACUGCCCCUGGUACCGCACAUAUCUUGUACGGUGGUUCAUACGCUGGUGGACAAGUUGCCUUCCUCCGUACUCAAUACCCCGAUAUCUUCUGGGGAGCCAUUUCUUCCUCUGGUGUUACCAAGGCCAUCUAUGAAUACUGGCAAUACUUUGAGCCCAUCCGUGAACAUGCUCCACAAGACUGUGUUCAUGUUACUCAAAACUUUGUCGAUAUUGUCGACAACAUCAUCCUCCGUGGCAAGAACGCCAACACGACCAAGGAGCUGAAGGAUUUGUUUGGCCUAGGCCGUCUCCGCGACGCUGACUUUGCCAACACCCUUUCAUCCGGUAUCACUGGCUGGCAGUCAACCAACUGGGACCCAGCUAUCAGCGGUAAGAGCUUCUACAAGUACUGCGCUGAUAUCACCAGCGACCGCUACCUCUACCCAGCGACUGAGGCACAGAAGGCUUCUGCCAAGCGUAUCAUCGAAGCCGGUGGACACGGUCGUGAAUCACCCGAAAUUCUGCCUCAGCUGCUUAACUUCGUUGGAUGGCUCAACAAGAACACCGUGGCCGAGUGUACUGAGAAGGGCCAGACUGUUGAGGAGUGCUUCAACUCUUAUGACGAGAACUUCUACCAGCAGGAUAGCGCUGACCAGAGCUGGCGAGCAUGGCCCUGGCAAUUCUGCAACGAAUGGGGAUACCUACAAACUGGAAGCGGUACCCCUAAGAACAUCCGCCCCGUCGUCUCCCGCUUGAUCGAUCUACCAUACACCUCCAACAUCUGCAAGCAAUCCUUUGGCAUCACCAAGCCAUCCAACGUCGAUCUUGUCAACAAGUAUGGCUCUCUCGACAUCGAAUAUGAACGCCUUGCACUUAUCGAUGGAGAGGCCGACCCAUGGAAGGAGGCCGGUGUUCACGCUUCCGCUGCUAGAAAGCGAAGCACAUCUACCAACAAGCCAUAUAUCCUGAUCGCCGACGCCGUCCACCACUGGGAUGAAAACGGACUCCUGCCAAACGAGACCACCGCCGAGCUCCCACCACAGAGAAUCAAGGAGGUCCAGGCCGAGGAAGUUCGCUUCGUUAAGGAAUGGAUGAAGGAUUGGAAGCGCAAGCACUUCCACCAUGGCGUCUAG